AUGGUAUAUAUGCAAAUUCCAGGUCUAGAACGGGUGGCAGAGGAGUUGAUGGGUCGCAGAAAAUGGAAACAAUACCAAGACGGUUUGAUACAUCACACAGAGGAGCAGUCGAGCGACGACGACAACAUCGCUACUACCGACCCCCCGCCCGCGCUCAAGAUCAAGACGAUCGAGCAGAUCAACGAAACGGAGAAAACGGAGAAACAGGAGAUUCCGGAGAAACGAGAGACGAUUCUGGAGAGUUUGAUCAAGAGGCCAGCUACUCAGCCCAAGGUGGAAGUGCCAGAGGAACCGACGGACUGGAAGCCGGCGGACAGGUGUUAUUUCUGCGUAGAGGGUGAGGGCGACCGAGUGGCGGCGGGCGGUGCGACGAGUCCGGCAUCGGAAUCAGACAGCAGUUCCGUGUCGGGGGCGAAGAGUCCGGCGGGCCCGCCGCUACUGCAACACCUCCUGCAGUUACAGCUGCAAGGACAGAACCCACAGGCGAUCGCACAGUUCCAGCAGAUGAUCGCGGCGUUGGCGGCUCUCGGCACGGGCUUGCUCCCGCCCGCGUGGAUGAUGCGCCCGAGACAGGUUGAUAGCAGGCUACCAGAAGACAAAGUAGCAGCUCCCAGUUCGUCGCCAACGAUCGCGGAGCAGCCCCUCGACCUGAGCGCCAAGUCGACCUCCAGUACCAGCGGUACUCCACCCCCUGACACCAAAAACCUCGAUAAUGCUAGAAUAAAACGGGCAGUCCUCGAAGGCUCCAGUAACAGUGCUACGAGACGAGCCUACACUGAAGAUGAACUGAAUUCUGCUUUGCGGGAUAUCCAAUCCGGAAGAUUAGGAACGCGACGAGCCGCCGUGGUCUACGGCAUUCCUCGCUCGACGCUACGUAACAAAGUCAACAAGUUCGGUCUUACGUCGGAUACUGGCCAAGAAUCGGAUCCGGAUAGCGAUCCUGAUAAACCAGAAUCGCCACCAUCCGUUAUCCUUAAAAUACCGACCUUCCCACCCCCUGACGAAAAGAGCCCCUCCCCAGCGACCCCAGUCACAACUCCAGUUACCCCAAUAACUCCGCUGCUGCCUCCACAACCUUCCCUCAAUCCACCCUCACAACUUCUUCUCCCGCCAUCAGUCUUCGCGGAUCCACCUUCCUCGCAGCAUCUUUUCACCUCGUUGAGUGAUGUUAUAGCGAAAAGCAUCAGCCAAAAGUUCCAACAGCCACUAGAUAGACCACAACCGUCGGACCUUCCUUACAUGAGAGCGCCCGAUAGACAUGUAUCCGUAAUAAAAACUCCUCCGGACAACCAGAGAAAUUAUGCAAUGCCCAGCAACUCCAAAGCUAACCCCAAUAACGGCCAGCCAGCUACUGGUGGAAAAGGUACUCGACCCAAACGAGGAAAGUACAGAAAUUACGACAGAGAUAGCUUAGUAGAAGCCGUAAAAGCUGUUCAACGCGGCGAGAUGUCAGUCCACCGCGCGGGCUCGUAUUAUGGAGUGCCGCAUUCUACACUAGAGUACAAAGUGAAAGAGCGGCAUCUAAUGCGGCCGAGAAAACGAGAGCCGAAACCCCAACAGGAAGUCAAGCCUCAACCUCCAAAACCCCCACCGAAGCCUCCUACAAAGUUCACGAACGGGUUGAACGGACCCGAGAACUACCCUAACUACCCGUUUUGGCCGGGAAGCUUUGCACCGCCAGCUCCGGACCUGUACGCGUCGCAUAUGAUGAGGCGUCUCCGUGAAGAGGCACCGCCACCCGCCAACGGGUCCUUCCUAGAGGGCAUCAUUCGCUCGAGUCUAGAACGACCGGGCGCCUUGAUGCAGCGGCUGAAUGCGCCUGCGUCUCCACCCGGGAGUGGCAUGGUAGGGUUGGGGGUGAGUGGGCUGAGGCGGCGCGGGGAACUAGGUGAGGAGCCCGCAGCACGACGACCUCGCCUCGACUCCGAUCACCAGCUAGCGGCGGAGAUGCGCGAGGCGGUGCAGCGCCUACGCGCGGACAAGUUGCGACCCAGGAACGGAACCCCCACCCCUCCGCCCGCCUCCCCCACACCCGCACCCCCCGGGGGCGCC